GUUAGAGUUACCAGUCACGGGAACGGGCCUGUCUGCGAUUGGCUUAACUCAAACAAUUGAAAUGGCGGGAAUGUCUGGCUGCAAUAAGCAGCCGUUACAGUAAUUCCCUUUUUUCCGAGAAACAAGACCGACACCUAAAAGCGGGCGAGAGCGGGCUUUCUUUUUAGGAUAAAAAAUUAUGGCUGACGAGCCUAGUACCAAAAAACAAAAAACAGAGCAAGGAAUGGGAUUACCCAAGGAAGAAAAGGGAGCGAAUGAACGUUCAAUUACGCUCCAUUUAUCUAAGUAUCCUGAGUCGAUAAGAAGCUUUACUGAUGAGGAACUAGAAAAGGUCUUUGAAAUAGGAGUCUUGGUAAGAGAGUCUCUUCAAAUGACGGUUAGCUCGAACCAAAAACACCUUGAACAAGUGCUUGCAUCUGAACUUGAUGUACAAAUGAAGCAGGUUCAAGCAACAGUGGCCAGUAUUAAAGAGCAAGUAAACCAAAAGGUGCUAGACAUCGAAAGAAACGUGUCUAAAAGUGUCAGUGACAACAUACUGGACAUGACGAAGGUCGUAAAUAAAUUCAAGCAAGAUGUAAACGGCGAAUUGACAAAUCUCAAAACCGAUUUAGUCACUAAUGUCAGUGGAGUGGCUGACAAGGUGCCACCACUAGAUUCUCUCAAUACAAAGAUUAACGAUUCUAAAACAGAUAUCAUCGAAGAAGUGAGGAAGAUCGACAUAUCAGUACAAGCUCUAGGAAAACCAAAAACCAAAGGCUCCAUGGGAGAAAGGUUAGUCCUAACUAUUAUAAAAGAAGCAUUUCCUAACUUUACCGUAGAGCACACCGCCACAUUUGGAAAUUCAGGAGAUGUGCUUGUUACCACUCCUGAAGAAGAGAAAUUUCCCGUUGAAGUUAAGAACCUCAAGAGUCCGGUGGCGAAAAAAGAAAUUGCAAAAUUUGAAAAGCUAGUGGUGGAUCAUUUUCCCGAAGCUAAAGUUGGAAUUAUGCUUUCAUUGGAGAGCGGCAUCGCAAGACGGUCAUUGAGAGGAAAGUUUGAAAUCUCCCUAGACCGAAAUAAAUAUUUCAUCUAUGUGCCAAAUGCGUUGGAAGAAGGAAAUCUGAAGGUAAUAUGGAGCGUGAUGCUUGCUAGAGAAUUAGCCCAAUUGAAUGCAGAGUUGAAAGAGAAUCAAACGUCGAAGCUGAGCACUCUGUAUGAAAGAUUCAAGAACAAUAUCGAGAACGCGAAAAAGUCCCGUCGCAACCUUGAAUCCCUAGAAGCCACAGUGAAAAAUCUAAAAGAAAGCAUGGAGCCUAUCUUAAAAAUUGUUGAACAAAGCGAAACCGACAUAUAUAAAAUACUGCACUUAAGUUAAAGUUACAGGUAGUAUCAGGUGCCCAAACGUUAUUUCCAUAGAGAUAAAAAAUUUAUUUUCCUACAGUUUUCAAUUCUUAGUUUAGGAAUUCCAAAAGUACUCAAGGAAAUUCAUAAUUUUAAAAACAAUGCAAGUAUCCGGUUGCUCAUAAAACGUUUUCUAGAGUAUUCAAUUUUUAUUAUAUGUAGCAUUGGAUCUGUGAAUAUUUUGAUGUUGAAAUGGGAUUAUAACCCUGAUUAAAUAGGUCUGUAACCAGUGGAAGGUCUAGGAUUUAGGCUAGGGGGUUAAUAUUAAACUAUGGCUGUACAUUUCUGACAGCCUAACCAAAAGACUAUAGAUUAUUGACUAUAGAUUUGCUAACCAAAAAAAAAAAAAAAGAAGAAAAAUACGACUAAAGAUUGGCUAACCAAAAAUGAUAAAGAAAGAAAAACAAAUGUAGUUUGGCUAACUAAAAGUUAACUAAAAAAACUGUAGUUUGGUUAAUCAAUUAAAAAGGUCAAUCUUUGAUUUUUUUACUGUGUAGAAGUAAAAAGCCACUUCCAACUUCUAAUUAGGGUGUUCAUAGUAAUUGUCUUUAAAGGUGGUUCAAUACUAUCAAGAUGAUAUAAUUAGGAAGUUAGUAGUUGUUAUCUAGGGGGUUUCAUUGUGGUCUUGGGGGAUCAAACGAACCCCCCCAUAUUCAUACCAGGUAAUCAAGGAAUUCUAAAAAGCUUGACUUUUGCAAUUCCAAAUGGUGAUUAUAAUGAAUUCAAUAAAUCAGGUGAAUAAUAUUGA